UAGAGUUCAGUUCCUAGCUGGGCCUACCAUCCCGCCACUUCCGCUUGAGCGCCUAAAACCAAGCCUGCGCACUUCGCCUCUUCCUCUCUGGGCUGGGACCUAGGUUGCAGUAACAUGGCUAAACGCACCAAGAAGGUCGGAAUCGUGGGUAAAUAUGGGACUCGCUAUGGUGCCUCCCUCAGAAAAAUGGUGAAGAAAAUUGAAAUCAGCCAGCACGCCAAGUACACUUGCUCCUUCUGUGGCAAAACCAAGAUGAAGAGACGAGCUGUGGGCAUUUGGCACUGUGGUUCCUGCAUGAAAACAGUAGCUGGUGGUGCCUGGACCUACAACACCACUUCUGCUGUCACAGUAAAGUCUGCCAUCAGAAGACUGAAGGAAUUGAAGGACCAGUAGAAGCGCCACCAUUUGAUACGUUGCUAGCCUAUAAUAAAUGGGUUAAUUUAUGUAACAAAAUUA